AUGUCAGGAAAAGUUGCAAGAGCACAAUGUGCAAACUGUACAUGUUCUCCAGGUUUAUUAUCUAGAGCUAAUAGAAAAUCGGCUUUGAUUGCCAGAAGAAUUAAUCUCAACAGAAUGAAUUCCGGUUCUCCAGGCGGGUCAACUUCAAGAAAAGGUUCAGUUUUUACUUUGAACCCAUCCUUGUGUAUGCCUGAUACCAAAGAAGUUAAUACCUCCAGAAGAUUGGAAAGUUUAAGAAAAAAAAUGAAGGAGCACGAUUUAGGUAUCUAUAUUAUCCCAUCAGAAGACCAACACCAAUCUGAAUACGUAUCUGCUAUUGACCAGAAAAGAAGUUUUAUUAGUGGGUUUUCAGGUAGUGCAGGUAUUGCCAUUGUCACUAGAGAUUUAAAUAGUGUUGGUGACUCAUUUGAAGGUACCGCUGCUUUAUCUACUGAUGGAAGAUAUUUUACUCAAGCGAUUGAUGAAUUGGAUUUUAACUGGAUUUUAUUGAAACAAGGAGCAAAGGACGAACCAAACUGGAAAGAAUGGACUGUCAAACAAGCUAUUCAAUUAAGUUUUGACAGUGGGUUGACCGUCAAGAUUGGUGUUGAUCCUAAAUUGAUUAGUUACAAAUUGUAUCAAGAAUUCCAGAGUAUUAUCACAAAAGAGUUGAAAAGAAAUCCUAAAGCAGAUAUUGAAUUUGUUCCUGUAGGUAAGAACUUGGUAGAAGAGAUUUGGCAAGAAUUUGAAGAUUUGCCUCCGUCAAGUUUGGGCGAGAUUAAGAGUUUGGAUAUUAAAUUCACUGGAAAAACAGUAGAGGACAAACUAAUCGAUGUUCGAAAACGCAUGAAAAACGAUGUUAAAGGCUUGGUAGUAUUAGGUUUGGAUGAGAUUGCUUGGUUGUUAAACUUGCGUGGACUGGAUAUUGAAUAUAACCCUGUGUUUUUCAGUUUUAUGAUUAUUACAGACGAUUCAACUACACUUUAUGUUGGCGAAAAUAGAUUAUCGGAUAGUAUUAUUGAGACCUUGACAAAAUCUGGUGUCGCUGUGGAGCCAUAUAGCUCAUUCUAUUCAAAUUUGCAAACCAUUUCUAAAACUUUUGAAAAUGAGAAAAAGAAAUUCUUUAUACCAGAUAAUGCUAACUGGGAAGUGAUGCGCAGUUUACAAUGUGAGUUCACCCAAGGAUUAUCUCCAGUGGAAGAGUUGAAGGCUAUCAAGAAUGAAGUUGAAUUAAAAGGUGCCAAAAUUGCACACAUAAAGGAUGGUAGAGCCUUGGUUAGAUUUUUUGCAUGGUUGGAGGAUCAAAUAAUAAAUAAGCAAGAAUUGAUUGAUGAAAUAGAAGCUGAUGAAAAAUUAACUGAAUAUAGAAAAGAAGAAGAUAAUUUUGUUGGGUUGUCAUUUGCUACCAUUAGUGCGACCGGAGCCAAUGGGGCUGUGAUUCAUUAUCAACCAACUAAAGGACAAUGUGGCACAAUUAAUCCAACCAAAAUGUACCUUAACGAUUCGGGGUCACAAUUCUUGGAAGGUACAACAGAUACCACCAGAACCAUGCACUUUGAGACACCUACUGCCGAUGAAAUUAGAAAUUACACUUUAGUCUUGAAAGGUAAUGUCGCCUUGGCAACAUUGAAAUUCCCAGAAAAUACUACCGGUAACUUGAUUGAUUCUAUUGCUCGACAAUUCCUUUGGAAGUAUGGACUUAAUUAUGCCCAUGGUACAUCACAUGGUGUUGGUGCUUACUUAAACGUUCAUGAAGGUCCUAUUGGAAUUGGUCCAAGACCAAAUGCUGCUGCGUAUGCUUUGAAAGCUGGCAAUUUGAUAUCAAACGAGCCAGGUUACUACAAAGAAGGUGAAUAUGGUAUUAGAAUAGAAAACAUGAUGUUUAUUAAAGAAAGUGGAUUGACAUCUGAUGGCAAAAUGUUUUUAGAAUUUGAAACCGUUACCAAAGUUCCAUUCUGCAGACGUUUGAUUGACGUUAAUUUAUUAACCGAUGAUGAAAUAUCUUGGAUCAAUAAAUAUCAUGCCGGAAUUUGGAAAGAGUUGCACGUUAGUUUUGAUAAAAACAGUUAUGUCUAUAAGUGGUUAAAAAGGGAAACAGACCCAUUGGUUAAAUCACAUUGA